CAGAGCACUGACAACUUCUGUGGAACCUAGCUGCAUCAUACAUUUCUGUUUCUUCAACAAAGGUGCGAAAAGAGAAGAAAAGAGACAGAAUGGAGAUGGAGCCAACUGAAGGGCCCUAUGAAUACUACGACUACGAGGAGACAGAAAACUCCACCAUGUGCGACUAUUCCGAGUGGACGCCGUCAUACUCUGUCAUCCCGGUGCUCUACAUGCUUAUUUUCAUCCUUGGUCUCUCUGGAAACGGGGUGGUCAUCUUCACUGUGUGGCGAGCCCAAGGAAAGCGGCGAGCUGCUGACGUCUACAUCGGCAACCUCGCACUGGCCGACCUCACCUUUGUGGUCACUCUUCCUCUGUGGGCUGUCUACACCGCCAUGGGCUACCACUGGCCCUUCGGAGUGGCCCUGUGCAAGAUCAGCAGCUACGUAGUCCUGCUCAACAUGUACGCCAGCGUCUUCUGCCUCACCUGCAUGAGCUUUGACCGCUACCUGGCCAUUGUUCACUCACUUUCCAGCACCCAGCUGCGCACCCGCGGCCACACACAAGCCUGCCUCACAGCCAUCUGGAUGCUGUCCGGCCUCCUGGCAGCCCCAACUCUGAUCUUCCGCACAACAAAAUAUGACCAAACCAGCAACCGCACAUCCUGCGCCAUGGACUUUGACCUGGUGCUGACAAACAAAGAACAAGAGAGCCUGUGGAUCGCCGGUCUCAGCAUCUCCUCCUCAGCUCUCGGCUUCCUUCUACCGUUCUUGGCAAUGAUGGUGUGCUACGGUUUCAUCGGCUGCACUGUCACCCGCCACUUCAACACCCUGCGCAAAGAGGACCAGCGCAAGAGGAGGCUGCUGAAGAUCAUCACAACACUUGUGGUGGUGUUCGCUGCCUGCUGGAUGCCCUUCCACAUCGUGAAGAGCGCAGACGCCCUCUCCUACUUGGACCUGUUCCCCGCCACCUGUGCCUUCCUGCGCUUCCUGCUACUGGCUCACCCAUACGCAACCUGCCUGGCCUAUGUCAACAGCUGCCUCAACCCUUUUCUUUAUGCCUUCUUCGACCUGCGCUUCAGAUCCCAGUGCCUGUGCCUACUGAACCUCAAAAAGUCAUUGCACGCAAGCCCUGCCAGCUCCCUGUCAUCGCAGAAGACGGAGGCUCAUUCUCUGGCUACAAAAGUGUGACGACAACUGAGCGCCAAGAGACACUCUGGGAGAAAGAGUUAAACAAUGCAGAACACUGCAGAUAAAUCAAGACUUGACAGUGCUUGGCGUGCCCAAAGAUUGUCCAUGGUCAGUUCCAGGGUAACCCCUUUGUUCCUCUCAGACACUGUGGACUGCUUUGGGCAACAGUUGAGGUUGAAGUUUUGGGGUCUGACCACACAAACUCCUGCUUGACAUUCAGUAACAUGGCAGAAAAACUGGACCUCUUAAGACAAGGCAAAUGGCAGCUCCACACUUCUUCUUUUCAGAAUAAGUGGAAUGUAUUGUUGGAGGACCUCAUGCUCUUGUGUCUCUUGGUUCUCCGAUUGACUUCAUGCAAGAAACCAGGCUUUGAACUCCGUCCUUAAGUCCUGCUAAAAUGUCUUACUCAUGCCUUUGCCCCUGCUGUUCUUGUUUUCAUUGUAAGCACUUGAAGUGUGAUCUCUAUCAGACUACUCAACCCUCCAGCUCGGUCCGUAGAAUCACAGGCAGCAGUUUUGUGUGUGUGUGUGUGUAUGUAUGGUAAGGGUAUUCCAGUCAGUAAGAGGUGUUGUAGUCUGAUGAGGGUGUUGUAAGGAGAGACGGAGAUAGUGGGGUGGGUUGGGGGUGGAGUGGAGUGGUGGGUCCCAGACAGACCGACAGAUGGCAGCUGAUAAAUGUUUUCAGGCUGGUGGAGUUCCCAAUUAAAAGGUGACUGCUUUGACAGCCUGCCUGUAUGUGCGUGUGUGUUUGUGUGUGUGUGUGUGUGUGUGUGUGUGUGUGUGUGUGUGUGUGCGUGUGUGUGUGUGUGUGUGUGUGUGUUUGUUUGAAGGAAUGAGUCUGCUUGUGUUUGUCGAUUGUCUGAAUGACUUGAUGAUGAUGAAUUUGUUCCUGACAAAUACAUGAAAGCAUUUUGUGUAUACACAUAUAUUUUCAAUCUAUGUUUAUGAUUUGUAAUUAAAAAAAGGUGCUUUUGGAAGAAAAACACAAAAACA